GUCCUGUUCACCUUUCCCGUUUUUCUCUCUCAGGUGUAACUAGCCUGGUCAAUGCAGGAGCGAUGAGUGGCACUGGACACCUGAUGGAUUUUCUCGAUGAGCCAUUCCCCGAUGUGGGGACAUAUGAGGACUUCCACACCAUCGACUGGCUAAGGGAAAAGUCACGGGACACCGACAGACACAGAAAGAUAACCAGCAAAAGCAAGGAGUCCAUAUGGGAGUUCAUCAAGAGCCUGCUGGAUGCCUGGUCGGGCUGGGUGGUCAUGCUGCUCAUCGGCCUGCUGGCAGGUAUGCGCAGGGCACGCAGCGCUCCCGGCGAGCUGCGGACGCCGAUGCCCCUGGGCCCCCGCCGCCCCUGUGCAAGAGAUUUCUUAUUUGAAAUGUCUAAGAGCAGAAUACAUGACCAUAUUGUUAAGCAAUUAUGUUUUAGCCUAUGUCUAAGAUGGCGGUGCGGAUGGGAGGAAUACCCAAAAUGGCUGCGGAGAGUUUCAGGUCCCUAG